AUUUAAUAAUAAAUAUUAAUGGACAAGGUUAAUGUUGAAGAAGAAGGAUUAAUAAAUAGGAAGUAAAAUAAAGACUUUUCAGCUUGUAAAAACUAUAUUCCAGUUAUUGUUGAGCCUUAUCCUCAAACAAAAUUGAAAAAGAUCGAUGAUAAUAAGUAAUCAUGAUUGAAAUUUGAAUUAAGAUGGUUGUUUAAUAAAGAUUCUACAUUGUAUCCUGUAAUGUAUAAAAUACAUGAAGUUUUGAAUGGAGCUAAAAAUAUGUACUUUUAUGUGAAAAGACAGAAUGGGAGAUAUGCAUUGCUAAAACAUGGUAUUAUUAUAUUUGAUAAUUUUAGAAAAUAAAUUAUAGUUAGUUUUUAAAAAAUAUAAAUCAAAUGAUGGUUUUUUACAUGUUUAUUAUCACAAUGAUAUGAUAAAUAGAAGCAAAUUAUUAGAUUAUUGUUUUUAUUUUGCUUAGAUUGUAAUUGUAUUUUAUUUGGUGUUAUUUAUAUAUGGAUAUUUAAAGAUGCAUGAAUAUAUAUGA